GAGUUCCUGUGGUGAUGUCCUGGGGCUGAGAUGUCUCCAACAACACAAUCGUUUUCCUCUGUGCUUGGUGGACCAGUGAAGAGUUUUCCCCCUGAUUCCCAUUGACUUCAAUUCUGAUAGGGCUCCUUGAUGUCACAAGAUGUCAAAUGCAGUUACACUCAUCUCACCUGGAAUUCAGCUCUUUUGUCCUUGUUUGGACCAAGUCUGUCAUAAGCCAUGUGGCCUUGGUGGAACCAAACUGAACAAGUUAUUGCUGAUGAAUACAACCAUUCAAAAUGAGCCGGCUGUAUAAAACAAUAGAGCCCAGUGUCAUCGAUGAUGAAAUGCUUGAAGAGGCAGUAAAGAAACAGGGACCAUCAGGAAGGGCUGGACAAAUAGCCCAGUUGGAAGGAAUUGAAUUCAAAGAUGUACAUAAUCUUCAACUUGAUUACCGAAAUAUACUAAAGAUUGACAAUUUGUGGCGGUUCAAAACACUGACCAAACUCCAGUUAGACAAUAACGUCAUUGAAAAAAUUGAGGGACUGAACACGCUGACCAACCUGGUGUGGCUAGAUUUGUCCUUUAAUAAUAUUGAGAUGAUUGAAGGCUUGGAUGAACUGGUUAAACUGGAAGACCUCAGUCUGUACAGUAACAGAAUUGCCAAUCUUGAAAACAUGGACUCGUUAGUAAACCUGCAAAUCUUCUCUAUUGGAAAAAAUCAUAUCAGUAAACUGGAAAAUAUUAUCUACCUAAGGAGAUUUAAGAGGCUGCGCACAGUGAAUCUGGCUGGCAAUCCUAUCUGUGAGGAUGAACGAUAUAGCAUGUACAUUCCUGCCUACCUGCCUAACCUGCUGUACCUGGACUUCAGAUUAAUAGAUAAGACCACAAAAGAAAUGGCUUUAGAAAUGCAUCUUGGUGCUGUUUCGAAUUUGGUGUACCAAGAAGGUUUGACAUUUAAAAAGCUCGAGAAGAUCAGAUUGCAAGAAGAGGAACUGGCUUUACAUAAGGCUGCCUAUGUAGAAUAUCUGAAUGGACCUGGUCUAUUUAACGUUAUGUUUUCAGAAGAUCCUGAAGCACCAAAGCUUUUAAUGUUACCUGGAGUGCCAGAAUUUGUGGAAAUAUACAAGGCUGAGUUCACCAACAUUUGCCAGAAACUCUUUCACUACGGCCUUAAAGGGUUUGACACACGUAAAAAGGAACUAGAACAUUUUUUGGAAUGCCUGCAAGAAGCAGUUGAAGAUAACCAGCAAAAAGGAGUAAAAAUCAUCAAGGAAUUUGAGGAGAAGAACAAAGAGCAAUUUAGUGAAAUACAACAUUUUACUGAUCCUGAACUUCUAGAGAGUGGGAUCAUGGACUUCAGGGUAGAGGUCAAUCAGCUGUGGAGCAAACUGAUGAACCUAGAAAUGCAACUGGUUGACCAGCUGGAGGAAACAGCAAGGGAUUUUGAACGAAAUAUUUCAGAAAUAGUUUCAACUUACAUUGAAAACGUACAAGCUCUAAUAGCUCAGUGUCGGGACCUGGAAAACCGUCACAAUGAAAAUAUGUUGGAAAUCGCUAUGAGUAGUUAUGACAAGAUGGGAAAGAAUGAAGGGGAAGAGGAAAUGUCAGAAGAACUCCGAGCACUCUUUAUAGAUAAAGAUACAGUCAUCAAUACAGUUAAUGCAUCACAUGACUUGCACCUGCUUAAGAUUGACAACCAAGAAGACAAGAUGGUGACGAGGGCAAAUGGCUGGAUGGCGGAUAUAAUUGAGAAACUGCACACAGACGAAAUAAAUCGCAACCGUAAACGUGUUUUGGAAAUUAACAUCUAUGUUAGCCACUGGAAGGAUGAGCUGGAUUUCCUUGAACUCCAGGACAUGACCUAAUCCUUACAUGUAACAUGAGGGGGGCGUGGGGUGGCACUAUGUGACUUCCAUAUUCUUGUGUUCCUCUUCUGUCUAGGUUCUGGCAAAAUCGGAUUUAACUUGCAGUAUUGUAAUAAGAUUUAAAAUUUUGUUUCCCCCUGCUCUGCUGAAACUACAUGAAGGUGCCUGUAUAGCCACUCUACCCCUUCACUUGUCCUCUCUGAUCAGUGAUUGGAACCCUUAUAACAACUUACAUUAAACACUCUAUAUAAAUAUGUCGGAAAAUUAAUAGUUCCCCAUCAAUGACCCCAUUGCAUUUCAUGGGGCAAAACAGCCUCAUCUCAUCAAAAGUAUAGAUGAUUGAACUUGAUUAUACUAGCCUGGUUAGCCAGUGCUGUGCUUUUACCUGCCUCUAAAACUGCAAUUCUUUUAGUAAAUUUGCUUUCGUUAUUGUGUUGCAAAUAUUCAUUAGUCCAAAUGCACAUUUCCUAUUCUCAUUCUUUCCAAGUACUCCUCACUUUCCCUUCCUACUACAAUCUACAGACUGUUAAAAUGCAGACUAGGUGCUUAACCACUAGUUAAUUUAUUCCAUCAUCUCUCCUAUUCCUCACAGCAUUGGUGGAGCCCUAAAUUGUGAGCUUUGUUCCUUCACCUGUUUUUCUCAAUUAAAAAAACAUGCAAUACUCAUGUUUUGUUGUGGUAAGAGUGCAUAUUUUAAAAUAUAUGACUGUCUGGAGUUUUCUUUUUACAUCAAAAUGUGAAUAAAAUAAAGUUGAUACGUUCUUCAAAAUUUAAUCUUUUUAAAAAA